GUCUCUCUCCCGCUGCCGAUCAACGCCUGCUGCUGCUGCCACUGCUGCUGACUCUUUAUGUUCCUGUUCUCAGUGAACGCUGAAACUCCACACACACAGAGUAGCCCUGCAGCCUCUCCGGCUUUACUCAAACUCGGGGUUUUAUUCCAACUUUUAAGCGCCAAGUUGUGAGUGUGCCCGAGCGAAUACGCUUCGUAAGCACGCCAAAUUAGCCGACAGUGAGUCACACAGCGGUCGGAACUUGAAAUAUGACGAUAAGCAAAAUGGGAGGAAAGUCGUUGCUGGCUUACUGAAGUUGGAGGUUCUCCUUGUGGAAGAGGAAGAGGUGGCAGCGGACACCACGAGUUCACUCUCACAAUAAAAGGUAAGCCCGUAAAAGUCGAGUAGCAUGGUGUUAGACUGCGCUGUUGUUUAACCUCCUUGUGUUUGUAUGUGGAUAUAGAGGAAAUGUCUUACCGAAAUGGGUGAUUAUGGCGUUGAUUAUGAGGUUACCGGCUCUCGGAGCUCAGUCACCCCUGGACUCUACACGUGUGUUGAAAUUCUUACUUGUGGCUACAAUUUCCCGUCUUUGUCGGUGUUUUUGCUUUCCAACCAGUCUACUUUUUUAUACUGUGCGUGUGUCUGAGCUUUGGACCACUUUACAAAAAAAACUUUAAGUUUAGAGGUUAAAGGUUGUCCCAAAUUAGUCCAUUUUUAGGAUCUCAUCUUUGUCUUUCAUAACAAAUCCUCUAGCAAAAUGAGUUGCAGUGGUGCAGUUUAAUCUUAACAAAGCCAAACACACAGAUUAUACAUAUUUAUAAUGCUGUGCAGGCUAAGGGGUUUGCUUGAGAAUGGGGGAUGCAUUCAACUGUAGUAGACAGGGGACAGUUCAUGUUACUGUACAACUCCAAGCUGCUUCCUGGCUCUGUGGUAGUCACAAUCUAAGCUGUCUUAAUCUAUAUCAAAAGCACCAAUAUAACACAAUAAACUCUGCCUAUUAUGAAGCUUGAACACCCAGUGAUUCCACAUGUGCACAUGAGAUUUUACACUUUAAAAGAGAGAUUGAAAAAUAUUGUAUAACAAUGAUAUUCUGCUGAUUUUCCAGCUAGUAGCCCUGGCAGCUCUCUUGACUUCUUAGAAUAAUGAGAUACAGCAUGUUCAGACAUAGUUAAAAUGUCUCGCCUUGUUUCAGAGCAUCAAAGUGUUCAUUAUCUCUUCUAAGGAAAGACAUGUGAGGGAUUAGUAUGAAAAUACACUGCUGUUUGAAUACUGUUUUAGACUGACUCUACUUCAGUAGCCCCAAUUAUUAAUGCCAAAGUGGUGCCCUUAUUUUCUCGUUGACCUAGUGGCUGUUGUAUUUAUGUUCACAAUAUUUAGCUCUUCAGCGAUGAUGGAGGCAUCCUGACUAAAGAGCGGCCUUAAAAAGAACCUCAUUGAAGAUUAAGUGAUGGCCACACUUAAUCUGAGAAAGCCUAUUUGGCAUUUGCUGCCUCCUUUAUAUGUGUGUGUGUUUGUUGGGUUGUUUUUUGGCGGCAAAACACUGGAUGAAAACUAUUCACAUUAACAAAUGUCAGCCCUGAGGAGUCACUCGCAGCUCCAACCUAAUUUACUCUUAAAAGGAGUGAAACAAAGUAAUAUAUCCUUAAACCUGCACGUCCAAAUGAGUGCAAAAUCUCUAUGUUGGGAUAUGGUUGUAAUCAUGGGUCAUGUAUUGGUCACUGUGUUGUUCCAUGAAUUCCCAUUGGUUCCCACCACUAUUUCCAUUGCAAUAAUCACAAAAAGAGUGGUACCCACAGUGUUGAUCAUAUUCCAAAUAUUUUCUACCUAUACCUAAUACAUGUGCUACAAUCUUCCCUAGCACCCAUGCCACUUUGACAAUUUUGGAGACCCAAAAUUCAAACUAAAACUGGUUCAUGUUGGUCACAAGUAGCUCUUACCUGAUUGGUCACGCCGGUAUCACUUUACCCUUUUAAUGAUAUAAAAUCUAAAACAACACGCACUGCUUCACCAGCAGUGUUAAGUUUUAGACAUUGCUGUCUUUCUUUUCUAUGGUCACUGCUGUCUAUAUACUGUCUAUAUACUGUCUAUAUACGAAGAAGGGGAAAUGUUACCCAACGAAUACCCAUGUCAACCAGCUUUUUCAGGCCAGCAUGGAGUAACUCCUCUUUGGGUGGAGGGAACCACAGCCUGUUUACCUCAGCAUGAGCCUGAGAAGUGUACAUAAAUGGUCAUGUGAUCAGACUGUUCAGACGUGUUGUAAACAUUGACAUUUGUUCUGAAUUUGUGCCUGCGUUGAUGGAGACCUUUUUUGGUUUAAUAAUGAAAGCGUAUUAGUGCGGUUGUAACCUGAAGCUACAGGGCAUGUUGUAGAUCAGAGUCCCUGUCAAGUCAGAGAAAUUGCCUUUUGCACUCUACUCCUGUAUAUUUAGCUUUUCAGCUUUUGGUUAAAUUCUUUGAGGAUCGGGCUCUUUGUGUCAAGAUUACUUUGUCACAGUAGAUUUUUGAACUGAACUGAACCUAACAUUAUGGAGUCAUUAUAGUUUUCUCUCACACUUUGAAUACUGUAGAUUACAGAGAGGGAAUAGGACAGGUUACUUUUUGCAAGUAUAAAAAACCCCAUAAAGUUCUGAUGCCUAAAAGGAGGAGUCAAUAGACUUAAAAUCAGGGUUUUGUUCAAUUCAACUUUAAUUUUUCUGUUUUUAUUUUACACAUUUCAGUUGGAACAGUUUCAUGUUAGCAUUGAGUAACUUUCAGACAUAUUGCCUUUCCCUUCCCAGUUUUGUCACAAGAGUCAGUGACUGUCAGCCAACCUCUAACAGCAGUAGUUAAAAAAACAGGUUUAGUGCCACCCAUUUAAAGAACAAUAGAAGUUUUAUGGUCUAAAUUGCAGGUUUCAGACUUCUUUAUGUUUUCCAUUAAAUGAUCCCUAAAUGUGUUAAAGUCAGUGUGUUCGUACCUCAUUACAACCUCUCCUUUAUAGCUCUGGAGCGUGGGCUAAUCUUUACCGUGUAAAAAGCUUUAAUUUCCCAAAAGUUUCGUAGAUUUUCCUCGGCAUCAUUUAGUCCAUUUGGUGUUUUCAUGGGUGGACUCAGUCACCUUUGUACGAAGUCCUCAGAGAGCAUUAAUGAAUAAUGUUGCAGGCCUAGAGGUAAUUGUCUGUCUGCUCCUUGUGUAGUGACAGGAUUUGACAUGAGCUGCGGUGUAUUUGGUUUCAGGACUGUGUGCAGUCUCAGGUUGGAAAGCAAAUGGAUGGCCUUCAGUGUGAGCGGAUUCAUGAUUAUUCAUUUAGAUUUUAUUUGAGUCCUUCGAAUGUAACAACAAAGGACUCGGUGAAGUGAAGCACACAGGAGACAACAGCAGACCUGAGGUACACUGUGUUUAGACUGAGUGUUCAAGACAGAAAUGUAUCCUGUGCUCAUAAGUAGGGCAAGGAAGUCCCUGAGAAAGCCCAUGUCAGGCCUGUGAUGCAGUAUCGCUCUGUAUCAGGCUGUCCAAAUAUUUCUGUAGCAGUAUUUAUUUAUGAUAGGCCAGGGGGGGAGGUGAGCCAUUCUCCUCUACUAAAAAAGAAACAUACAGUCUGCACCGGCUACAAUCCAACAUGCAGACCUGCAGUCCCUCUGUUAUAACGCCUGUAAAAGUACUGGUUAGUUCAAAGCCAAAGUUACUCUGUGGGUUAAUUUAGGCGACUCUGUUUAUCAUUGUGCAAAUUUGUCUUAGUGCUGCCGUUCGUCCGUCCUGUCUGUGCGUACAUUUAAAUUAAAACAAGCAGGAGGAAGCUGCGUGCCUUUAAGGGUGUGUUGAAUGUUCAGCUAUUUCACUGUCUAGCAGCUAAUCAGUUUCUUUUUCUAUUGUGUCUCCUGCCAUCAGAGCUAAUGAUUCACUUUCCCUCGUUUAUGGGAAAUGACACAUGCUCACCUUCUGUCCGUAAGGUCAAAUUCAGUCAAUAAACGUAUCCGUCUAAACUUUCAAUGCUAAACGUAAGGUCACAGAUAAAUCUGAUCAGCCUCUAAAGUAAAACCGUUUUAAAUCCACAAGGCUGCUUGUAAUACUAUCGCUGCUGGUGGAUGACUGUUGAGGAAGUUGUGCAAGCACAUGCAUGCCAGAGUGACAAACUAUUGAACUCAGAGGAAUAUUGUUUUUUCCACUCAGUCCACCCAUUCAUUCACUCACUCUCUUCUAAGUCAGCCAUUUGAUAGGAUCUUGUCAGCUUCUUUGUCUAUUGUCUAGCUGUGUAGAGUUGUGAAAACGGAGUAUGAGUUUGUGCAACAACCAAAAAUCAUUUCCAUACAUAUUUGAGUAGAAGCAACGAAACACAUGGUUGUAGGUUGUACUCGCACAUUUAUACUGUAGAGUUACGGAGGAUAUAAGCACCGACAUCAGUAUACAUUCAGAUCUCUGUAGGACAGAUUUUUCUUUAAUGUCUCUCUGUGCUAUUUUAAUACUGGUGGAUAUUAUUCCAAUCAUGUUCAAACAACGAUAACGACUGUUACACAAUUUCUUUUGAGUGGUUUCUGAUAAGGUUGGGUCAUAUGAUUAAAUAAACCGUCUGCUGAUAAAGAGCUAGUAACACUACAGGCUGUCAGAGUCCUCAUAAAAGGGCAGAUAUGUACGUCAAAUGUAGUAUUCAUCUCUGAACCUAUCACCCUGAUAGAUUCACAAGAUAGUUACAGACGUAAAGAUUUUGUCCUGAUAAAGAGGAGUUGUGUCUUCUCUGUAAUUUAUAGUGAUCUAUGUGCAUGGCCUUGACCAGACAGUUGGAGUCUGUUGUUUCUGAAACUGGUGAACUGUAGCAUUUUUGACCACACUGUUACAGAAACCAAACGGCCAAAGAAGUGAAAGUUUCACAUUGUCUGCAGUGAAGGUAGUCAUUUCCUACUCUUUGAAGUUUUUGAAGCUCCUUACAUCAUACCACGCCACACCAUAGCCUAGCCGGUGAUGAUAAGAGAACGCAUACACGUAUAUAUACUACAUCCUUUGACGUUAAAAAUCGGAGACAUUUGCAAACUCUUAAUUCCACGAGUGAAUUUGUUAAGCAGUGUAGGACACACACAUGCGCACACAUAUUACAAAGGGAAAUCUUGUGGGUGUCUAUGUGCUGUGUUAAUGCAGGGUAAACAAACAGUUCCAGGGACAGCUUAGACUGAACACCAGUAUUUUAGCUCACUUGUCUGCCUUGUUUGUUUGACCCUGAUGUCAGAUGGAGGGAAGCUCAAGGAGAGUGGGGGGUAUUUAGGGUGGCAUGAGCAGCUGUUGACAGAGAAGCAGGAUCUUCUGGUCACCAUAGCAACACUUGUAUUAUCCACACUGGUGUGUGCCUCUGUGUUUACAGCUUAUUUGUGCAAUCCUCAUCUUGCUGUAAAAAGAAUUACCCGGCUGUGGCCUCUGUGUCGACUAGUACAACCUCAAGGACACUGAGGUCUUUCUCACUACUGAACUAUAUUUGUUGUUGCUAAAAAAUAGUCAAAAUAAAGUUCUUUCUUUUGUUUAUUCCUCUUUGUGAAACGCUGCUUACGUAACUCAAGCUUGUUAGGAAAUACCGUAAAUGUGUCAGUUUCUGUUCCUCGUAGUGGUGGAGACUGCGGUCAUAUCUGCUUAUCUGCAAUGUGUUACGGCUCUGGUAAGACUGCCAAAUGUCCGCUUGAUUGGCUUUUUCUUUAAUGCAAUGCACUUACCAGUAAUUCUAGAUUUGAGAUGCAACACACUCCAACUUCCCUCUCCUAGCCGUGCCAUGCAACGUGAGAGCAAACCGUGUGUAUUAGCCAAGAUUUAAAGCCACCUCAAAGCACACAUUUGGUGUUUUUGUUGCUUUUGAUCAUUUGAACCUAUAAAUGAGAAUUUGUUCAGUUAUUAUUUCUCUGUCCUUGAUGACAGAAAAUGGAGCAAUGAAGCACAUUUAUUUCAUCCAUACAUGCAGUGAUAGAUGAAUCAAAAUGCUGAAAUGGAAAUUAGUUUUUGUAUGCCUUUAAAAUAGAGUAAACAUGUUGUAGAUCUGUCGAUCUUGACUUCUUGCUUUGUGUACUGAAAGCUUUAAAUAAUAGAGAUUUGACUCUGUUAGAAUAUGUGCAGCACUGAGCAUCAAAAGAGCUCACUGUCCCUCUCCUCCACACAUUUAUUUACUUGCUACCCACCCCCACACAGCAAUAUACACAUGCAUGCCCCAAAGCGACCGGCUUCUUGUGUGCCUACAUGUGAUUGCAGAUUAAUGCAGAAAAUCAAGGUCCAGACAUACCCUGCAACAACCCGGUGACUGUUCAGUUGUCUUUGCACAUGGUCAGUGAUGACAUCUUUGUUCUUUCUAGAGCCUCCUCUUCCUUUUUUCCUGGUUAAAGAGUGAACUGCUUUGUGUUUGUCAGUAAAGUGAUGCCUUGGAAAUCAGCACUUGCUCUGCGUAUAUUGCAAGACAGUCAAAUAAUGAUGCAUCGCGGUAUCUGAUAACUUGAGAUGAAAUGCUCCCCGAAAAGACAAAGAGCAGGAUUCAUGAAUUCAUUCCUUGUGCUUUUGUUUGGGUUUAGUUUUGCUAGCAUGCAGCACGUAGGAAUUUAUUUCCCUACGAUCAAAUGAGCAGUACCUGCCGUUAUAUAAGAAGUCUACCUAUCAGUAGUGAAUGAAACUCUCUGCAGACUUGGGUUCAUGCCUCAUUUUUCUUUUCUCUUCAUUUUUGUUUUGAAAGUCGUCUUUAUUACGUCCUUGAUGUUCACAACCUUGCCGCCUAACAAUACAUCCAUGCUAAUCAACAUAAGGUGCAUAAACAUGUCAGACAAUACCAAUAUUUAGCAUCAAUAUUUAUUGAUAAUUGGCUUAAGCAGCUGAAGGAGACAAAAGCAGCAACAAGUACAUUAAAUUGGUUCUCCCAAGAAGACAUUAUAUCACACUGUGGUUCAUAAUUGACCCUUCAUUUGGACUGUUUUAAUGAAGGGUAAGAGACUUUAUCCCCCCUCCCUUCUGAUAAAAUAUACACAUAUCUUUUUGAUAAUUACUAUCCUACUCCAGGUCCCUUCGGCCUGCUUUUCCACCCUGACACUUUGAUAUAUCUGGCUGCAUUGUUUAAUCCCUCUUUUGUUCCUCAUGCAUUGUCCACAUCAAUAGGAAUUCAAUAGGGGUGCUCCUGUUAGAGAAAUGCAGAGCUGAUGAUAUUAUUUGGUGUGUAAAGAGAAUGCAUAAUGACACCAGCAGACAAGAGGGAGUUGUCAUUUUUAUUUGAAGCUAAUGGGUUCAGUAUGAGGGUGGAUCUUUGGUCCUGACACUCUCGGUUAGACACCAUCGUGAUGAAUCCUUUCGCUGACGCUCAGUGUCUGUCAUCAUCCCCCAUUCACUUCCCUGUGAAGAAAUAUUGCCAGCUAGAUGCCGGUGCAUAAGUAGUUCAUCAUUAAAAGAGAAGAAGCUCGCUUUAUUCUCUUCAUUUCCGCGCCUGUAUAUGAAGGUGUUUCUUUAUGAUGAGGCUGAUUUGCUGUUUUUAUUGGAAUUGGUGUAUUUGUGGAUUUAUUUGCAUGUGAUCAUGUUAGGCUGACAUUAUCAUAGGGUUUGACCUCCUCUUUCAUGGUUCCAGAGGGCCACGCUUGAGCAUCUUUGUACACGGAGAGCUUUAACAUCAAUUCAGUAAGUGGUCUCCUCACCCCUCUGCUUAAAGGUGUGUCCACGAGCUGGGAGAGUCUCAGGUUCUAAUGAAAACCUGCAGACUGUUGUCUUUGUUGACACGCGCUUUGCCACCUCUGGUAAACAGAAGAAGUGUUGCCACCCGAAGGAAGCGUGGGAGAAGUGUUUCCCCUGGAGACUGAAGCCUCCCAUCCCCCACCGCUCGCCGACCUACAUUGACUGUCGCUAAGUGACUCAUUGAGAGAGGCAAAGAAUAAUGCACAAAUGGUUGUUGUGAUUACCUGUGUGGGAAUCAUUAUUUAUCACUCCGCCUGCUCCCCCUCCCCCAUCCCCCCCUUCUCUCACAGAUUCCCCUCCCCCACUCUCCCUCCCUCUAACUCCCUCCCCUCCCCCCUCAAGACUGCAGCCCAACCAGAAGCUUCAAAGGCGGGUUUUUACUCAGCAGAGCAGUUCAAGAGAAAAUGGCUGCUGUUUCCAGGUCUUGUUUGCACAUCUGUCAGGAGGUGACCGUUCAGGAGAAAAUGGGGUCCCUGGUGUGCCGGUUUUCAACAUCAUUCUUCUCCAAACCUGCAUGUGCUGGAGACGGCUGGUUGGAUAUCUCAUUGCUCCAUUAUUUCUGAGCCUAAAUGUUUAUGUUCAAAAUGUUUUUUUUAUUCUGGUUGUGAUGGAUGACUGUGAUGGGUGCUUCAACGUAUUUAGAGAGCCGAUAAAAGAGCUGUAUGCAGAGGAAUGUUAGGUUUAAUGAUCAUAUCCAACAUCUUGGAAUUGGUGUUUAAAUUAGCAUUCAGCCUGCGUGAAAAGAUGGCUUGUUUUCGAUCAUUUGAGUCCUUGCUGUGUUUUCUAAAUCACAGAUAAGACAGCUUCUUCUCCUUUCUCAAUUAUCUUCAGCCAAUCAAAAAAUUAAGAAAUAAUAUCUAAAGUUUAUGACAAAGACCCUGUUUUCUUUGUUUUUACACACAGUCUGAAGGCUGUCAAUACUCUGGGAAUGUGCAAACUCCUCUCAGAUGUAUGUCUUGGAUGCCGUUCAAACAUUUUAAGAUGAAUAAUCCUGUCUGUUCUUAUCAUUUCAUACACAGAUUUAAUUCCUGGGCAUCAAGUUGAAUGCUCAGUUUUUUAGUUUCUGUACUUCUGUGGUAACACUGAGGAAUAGAAACAGAAAUAAAGCUUUACAGUGGAUAUUUUUCUUGAUAAUAAUGGUACACGUCAGCAGGAAAUAGACUCAUCUCUCUGUAGGGCACAUCUCGCCUACAUUGGUUGAGAAGUGAAAGUGUAGCGUGAACAGAAGCUGCUGUCGUCUUUUUAAACUGAAAGUGUUCAGCCCUUGUUAUGUUCUGUUGUGCACUCAGACGUGACUGUGCUUAAAGCCAGGUCGGUAGAAAUCAUGACUUGAAAUCCACUUGUAUGAAUGAGAUGUGGGACUUGUGUUAAGAGGUGAGAGACCAGAAACUAUCUGAAAAUAAGUGUAGUGUGGACAUGGUGCAGCUGUCUGAGGAUUGUUUACAACAGCAGCUUUGGGAAUAAACACCACCUUGUAGCGUGCUGUACAUGUCAAAUAAGUGCAGUUAAAGGUGCAGCGAACAACCUAAAGGUAACCCUCGGGAGGUUUAUGGCCUUGGCAUGGCUUCUUAUCACUGACACUUGAGCGCUUCUUUAUUGUCUGUUUUCCUAGUUUCUUUCUUUUUUAGCUGCCUUCUGUUUACACUGUGGAUAUUGUGAAUGGACAUAUUUAAGUAUAUAUAUGUAUUGAAAGUUUAUUUGAAAAAAAAAAGAGGUGAUACUAACCAAAAAUGGCCUCCCAACUACCCAGGAACCCCCUUUCUUAAACAACAGCUUUUUCUGACAUACUCAGUUUCCUGGUCAUAAGUCUGUACCUGGACCUCUUGAAAUUGUCCAUAUUUUAUCUAUGAAGGUGGAUAAGGAUGCCCCUCUUUGCCUCACACACACAGAAUGAGACUAUCCCCUUGUUUGCUAAUGGGACUGAAUGAAUUUCCUGCAUGUGAAUUAUCAUCUAGUCUCUGAUGUAGCUGCUUGCUGCUGUGUGGUACUUCCAGGUUCGGUUGUUGCACAUCUGGCUCAGACAUACAGUAAAUGGCUGUGGGAUUUCUCUGGUACCUUUUAAGCUGUGUGGUAUGACUCAUAUUACCAUAGCAACCUAAGUCAUGUAGAAAAGUUGUUGUUUCUGGCUGUGGGGUUGCUUGCAGUUUUCCCCAGGUGCUUAUGGACUUUAUUUGACUUUACUGAAAUGCCCUCCUGUUCCAUUUGAGCAUCUGGACCGGAUGAAAAUGUUUGUGUUUAUUGAUAGUUUUUUUUUUUUUUUUAGUGCAAAACAUAAAAUGCUCCAUACAGAAAACCACAUGCAGGAAUGAUUACACAGCAGUACAUAAGUACACCUGGCUGUAGGGCUUUGUAUGGACAAGAUGGUGUGGUAUAUUAGAGCUUCAGUGCUUUAAUCAUCUUGUGUAAACUGUCAUCUUCCUCAACACUAAAAGAGCUAAAAAUCCAUGCAAAUAAAGAGAAGUAUUGACUACAUUAUUUUGUUUGCCAGAGUUGUUAUAAAAUAUCACAUUUAUUAUCUCCUAUUAGGGAUAGCUACUUUCUCUCCAAGCUCAUCUGCUGUCUGCAUGUUGGAGCUUGUCAGGGACCGGCUGACACACACACAACGACACAGAGAUAACACAAAAGAUGAUGCCUAGCUGAAACAUUGUGCAUUGAAUGCAGCAAAUCUUCUGUUAAAUAAGAGGUGUGACUCAGAGGAGCAUAAAUCUAAAUGAAAUAUCUGAUCAUUACAAUAUGCAUGCCUUUGAAAUGGAUUGCUCACAUGGCACAGAUCUAACAUGUUGUGGUUGGAGAUACAUAAAGCAAUAUUGACUUCAGUUGUAGUAGCAGUCACAGCCUCCUACGUAUUUUUGCCCUCAGUGAUGUCUUCUUUUAGUAAAGGCUCAUGUCCUCAGACUCUGACUCCACUUAUAACUCAAGAGGAUAAACCCUCCAGUCAUCCCAGAGGUUAGUAUUUUGUCUGGUUUUCUGGGAGGCACAUUGUUCGGUCAAAAUGGGUUCGGAUGCCCAGGGAGUUGUGUAAUGGAUGGUGGCAUUAUGGGCUCAUCUGAUUGAGGGAUUAUUGCUGCUGUCCUGCACCGAUGGGACCUGAGCCCCUCCAGGCUGCCUGUUAAUUACGUUUUCUAGUUGUUUGGUGUGUAGCUGCAGCUGUCUGGGGAGCAGCGGCUGCCUCGCUUUGAUGUUGCUACCCCUUCCUGCUAGUCGAAUAUGAAAGGUUUAAGAGAAAUCACAGCGGCAGUGGUCAAAUCAGGGCAUAGUUGCCAAGUUAGACAAGCUCAGAGUUGUUGAUUUUUUGGCAGAACACAGCGGUAAGCUUUACCCUUUGAGUAUGGAGUAGACUAAUAUGGCUGAUGGUGAAACUAUCAUUUCUUUUUGUCAUGUCUCAGAGGCACACUGUUAGACAUUUUGUAGUUGUGGCAGGAUUUUCCAAAAUGUGAUUAAAAAUGUAAUUAUAACAAAACCUAAAACUUCUUAAGAAGAGCACUGUGUACUUCAAUAGUUACGCUUUUCCAGUGGAGUGUUAAAACCAUUCAUACUUGUCUGUAUCCUUGCUGGGUCUGAUCCUGUUUUUAAAAAAGAAAAGCUAAUUGAAAAAAAACAGUAUUACACUCCUUCUAGCUGAUCAGACCCCAGCUCUUUAACUCCCAGCGUUUCCUGCAAAGAUCUUCUCUCAAACUGUAUUAUUUUGGACCGAGUUGUCCAUUUGUUUCCUGUUACUAGCUCUCAAAUAGCAGCGCUUAAAUACUGUUAUUUCAAGGCAAGAUAUAUACACCCCUAUUUGGUUUUUUCUUGCAAAUGCCAUUUGAGGCUGCUGGUAGGUUUGCACUGGUGCAAACACUUGAAGCUCUUGCCUUUCAGAAGUACUUGGCUCUGUUUACAAUGAUUUUGCUGUAGAUGCACAGUUGAAAUGGUAGCAUUGAAAGAGUCUUGUUUUGCUCCUUCUUGCCUCAAAAGCAUUGCAAGCAGCUCUUUUGCCAUCUGCAACACUUUGAAAUUCUUCCAUAUAGGCGAGAUGUUGCAAAUUGUUGCCACAUAGUUAAUGCGCCAUUUUAUGCUUUAUACAAAUCGUUUACUUUUAUGCUUUUAUCAGCUACUACUUGUAUUAUAUUGAUAAUUCUGUGCAUCCUCUCUGUUUUUCCACUGUUAAGAUUAACCUCUAACAUUGGGUAUAGAUAAUAAGUACUUGAUCCUUGCUCCAGUUGCAGUCAUUUAGUUAUUAUUCAAGGCCUUUAGCAUGUCUACUGUGCUACAAUAAAGGCCGACUCCAUCUGAAAGAAUAUACCAAGGUGAAAGAGUGAAUAAUUCAUGUUGAGUAACAUGUUCAAGCCCUCUGGCUGCGUGCCCAUUGGUAAUUGGGACAACACCAUUCUCUGUCUAUUUUGCUGGAUCUCUCUUGUUGCUAUGUUACCAAAGGGGAACUUGAGUGGGCCUGGACAGUGUUUGGAAUGAGUUGGACGGCUGUGUAGUCUUCAUACCUGACACCACCCCCACUUCAUUUCUCUUUGUGUUCUCAGCAAAAUGUCUGUCCCUUCAUCUCCCAGAGGAGAAGCGGAUAAUCGAGAUAUGUAUAGUUUACUAUGACUCACUCUCUGGCUGCAGUGUGCGUCUUUAAGCUUUUAUUGCCAAUACAAACCUGCUUACAGCCCCUUCUCAUUUCAUCCUUUUUUGAUACAUCCUGUAUAUUUCUCUAUGUUUACGUUGUGUGUGUGGGUGUACACACUCUCUGGCUCUUUUUACCUUGGCCUUGCAAAGCAAAUGUGUGAGCCACUGGGACAUCAUGAUCUCCACAGUAUUCCUGUAGUGUGCAUCAGCCUGAGGACAAACCAAGAUGGAAUUAAACAAAAACAUAAUUGCCUCUUUGUUUCUUCGGCUCGGUUUAUUUUUGAGAAAGUCUCAAUUGAGUUGUUAACGCAAGCUCUGUUAAACACCUCUAUUUGUUGGAAAUAACUCCGAAAGGGGAGGUCAGGCUGGGAAUAACUCGCUUCUUGCUCGCUCUUCUAAUUCACUAGAUGUGCAGUGGACAGGCUUUUAAUAUCCUUACUGCUUUAUCAGGGCUCUUUCCAUCGAGAUGGCUGGCUGGGUCACUAAUGGGAAACACCACUGGGAUCUCAGGGAGAGCCAAAUAGAUAUAGACACUCCCAUUUAGCCAGGGAGGAGAGGCAGGAGAUUGCUACAGUAAGUACAAGACAUGGAUUCACGAAUGACCCAGCCAUUGACAUUGUCAGAGGAGGAGAUCAUACAAUGAGGAAAGAUGAAAGUGGGCAGUGAGUAACCAGAGCAGGCUGAGUCUAUUCAGACAUAUGAAUGCGUCACUAAACAAGGGUCUGUGUUUGCUGAAUUUGAAGCUAUUCCUAUUAAAUGACAUACAAGCAUCAUUUGUAUGAAAAAUAAUCUCAUAUGGGGAAACAGAUCUCAAUAUUUCUGUAACAUUUUCUUGUUUCUGUUUUUCAGGAGUGGGCCCAGCCUUCCAUCGUACCUCUUCCCUUUCAUCAAAAUGAGUAUAACCAGUGACGAGGUGAACUUCUUGGUCUACAGAUACCUUCAAGAAUCAGGUCUGUGAACACCAUGAGAUGGUUUUAUACAGAUUACUUAAAAAUGAUCCACAAACUCAGGGAUGCACCACUGUAGUGAUCGAACAAUGGUAUGAGCAGAUACUGUCCCUAGUGUUGCUCACUGGAAAUAAGCAAACAGUGCACCAUGAUCUGAUGCCUAAAGCUGUUUUUUUAUGUGUUGUGCAAAUUCAAUUUAACACUAGCAAGCGGGUAAACUGAACUGCUAGUUCAGAGAGGAGGGCUGUAUGGGGUUGAAGAAGUCUCCUGCUGGACUAACAGUUUGUUUUUGUGGUUAAAUGUGAAAAAAAUAUUGACGGCAUGGGGGUGUUUCAUUGUUUCUGAGAAAGAUCAGCAGUUUUUAAGAUGUGUUCCUGUGAAAUUCCAAGAGGAGGGACGGCUGGAAUAAAUUUCAAGGGUAUCAAAUCUCACAGAUCAUUUGAAAACACACACAAAUACAAAGAAGUAGAAAAACAUUGGUAUUCAAAUUGGCUAUCGGCUGAAUUUUUAUUCUCAACAUCAACAUCAGUGUCAGUCCCAGCUCUAAUUUUCCCUGUUGAAUUACCGGGUUAUUCCUACGAGAAUUGCUGCUCAUUAUGUUAUGUUUAUCCGAUCCCAGUAGCAGGGUUAUGCCAAGUGAUACACACAUUAUCUAUCAAUUUGUAGAAAAGUUUAGUGUUAUGCAUAAACAAUCUUUUACGACAAGCUCAGCUCUUUUAUUUUGGUUCUGCCAAGUCAAACAUCUCGCCCACACUAACAUAAAGACAUAUGGUUCCCAGGUUAUUGUGCGGUUGUAUAAAAAGGAACAGGGUGUGUCAGCAUGUUAUUAAUUAUUUGAUAAGAUUAGGAUCAGUGAAUAAAACCCAAGCUUGUGGUUUUUUACUCCUGAGACGGCUCCUAAAGCUAUUUGGCUGAGUCCAAGUAACAUGUUGCCAAGAUUGUCACUUGCGUGCUUAAUUAAAACCUCAAAUGUCACACUUGUUAUGCCAUACACUUCCUGAUUUGAUGACUACAAGCUAUGUUUAGAUCAGAGAAGACUCACCUUUACAUAUUUGUGUUGUGUUUGUGUACAUUUCGGUACCUUCCCUGUUGUAAAUGUGGAUGUUGUUUUUGUUUUCAGGUUUCUCUCACUCAGCGUUCACCUUUGGCAUUGAGAGCCACAUCAGCCAGAGUAACAUCAAUGGAACACUAGUGCCCCCUGCAGCCCUCAUCUCCAUCCUGCAGAAGGGCCUUCAGUAUGUGGAGGCAGAAAUCAGCAUUAAUGAGGUGAGGGCAGAGACCAGCUGAUAAGAACUCCCACUAUUGUUUGUUAUCGCUUUAAAAACAGACUUUUAGACUGACUGCAAUUUAAAAAAAAAAACAUUUUUGCCACCUUUGUGAGUCACUGAAGAAGAAGCUCCACAGAGGUGUAAUUGCUGCUGUCUCUGCAGGAUGGUACAGUCUUUGACGGCCGGCCGAUCGAGUCGCUGUCGCUCAUCGACGCGGUGAUGCCGGACGUGGUGCAGACGCGGCAGCAGGCCUUCCGUGAUAAACUAGCCCAGCAGCAGGCGUCCUGCACCAUUUCAGCCUCGACCUCUGGGAACCAGAACAACACACCAAAGAACGGAGAAGCCACUGUCAACGGGGAGGAGAACGGCACUCACAACAUGAGUGAGUCGAGUCUUCUCAACAUCUGUGCCUUAGUCAUUCAGCAGGGACUUACAUGGUAUUUAGAAAAUAACUAGGAAAUUGAAUGGAAAUCAGAGGGGAUGCUUGGAGUGUGUUGCAAUUCAAGUCCGCCUUCUAUGUAGGUUUUUAAACUUGCUGCUCAAAGUUACUUUUAAUUUUUGCCAAUUUUCUUGGUAAAAAGGUUGAAAAAGAGCUCAUAAACUCUCAGUUGAGUUAGCUGGAUAAUGUUUUCCUUUGUAAAUAGAAUCUGAAUGUGGAUAAGGAUGUUAAAACAAGACAGAGAUUGCUUCUCUUUCAUUGCGUUUUACUCUCUGCUAUCAUAAGACGACACUCUUGCUGGGACAGUGUGAACCCCACCGAACCAUCAGCUUUCUCCCUUGGUUUGACAGAGGUGCAAUAUUUUGCACAAAACAACCAAAGCCAUGUGUCAGUGUUUAUUUCAGAGUGUGGUAUUGUUAGCAGGUGUGUUACUCCCUCUGUGAGUGAAAGCAGAGAGGUGUGCAGCCUCUAAACAAGAGGCAGAGCAGUGGGUGUUUGUGUCAGCACAUCCUAGACGGAUUUAAUUCCAAGGUGUGGAUUGCAACAAGUAGAGUCAAGCAUGAGGACAGUUCUAUCUGAUGAUUACCUCAUACUCAUAGGAAACCUUACAGUAACUGGAUUUUUUCAUCCUGAGAUUGUUAUCAAGUCAAUAAGUGUGACUGUGUUUCAAAUAUUUACUAGAUAAUGAAACUCACAUCCGAUUAGUGUUGUAAAUGGGUGGUAAGAUUUGAGUGUCGAUGCAUUCAGGGUAUAAAUGUGUCCCCGUGUGUGCCCACUCUUUUUAGAUAACCACAGCGAGCCAAUGGAAAUGGAUGGGGACGUUGAGAUACCUGCCAGUAAAGCCACAGUGCUCCGAGGCCAUGAGUCUGAAGUGUUCAUCUGUGCCUGGAACCCUGUCAGCGAUUUGCUGGCCUCCGGGUGAGUCUCUGUCUGUGCUGAAACUGAUCUUAAUCCACGCUGGAUGACUCACACUACACUGUUUGCACGCCUUAGCUUUUGUUUGGCGAGAUAAAUAGCCUCAUAAGAGACCUGCCGAAGAGUCUGUAAUCCAAAAAUCUUUAAACCCUCCUCUCCGCUGCUGUGUUGGUAUUCUAUUCAGCUCGGGGGACUCCACGGCCCGGAUCUGGAACCUGAACGAGAAUAAUAACUCCAACUCCACCCAGCUGGUGCUGCGCCACUGUAUCCGAGAGGGUGGCCAAGAUGUCCCCAGCAACAAGGACGUCACCUCACUAGACUGGAAUGUAGGUUCCUGAUGGGGAUCGCCCAUUCACUUGUUUCCACUUCUACUUUUACUAAUCGCACCAGCAGCCGCAGACAGUUAAGUAACAGUUCUGUCAUUUUCCAUCCAACAGAGCGAUGGGACUCUCCUGGCGACGGGAUCAUAUGACGGAUUCGCUAGGAUAUGGACAAAAGACGGUACAUCCUCUGUCACCAUCAUGUUUGUGUUAUUGAUACUCUGAAUAAUGCAAAACCUGUGGCGUUGUCUUAAAAGAUGUGUAUGGCUUUGUUUAUUAGGAAAUCUGGCGAGCACCUUGGGGCAGCACAAAGGGCCCAUAUUUGCACUCAAGUGGAACAAGAAGGGGAACUCUAUUCUCAGUGCUGGGGUAGACAAGGUACACCAUGAAGGCUGAGGAAUAAUGGGUUUCUCUCUUCAAUAAAACAUGUCCUUGUGUUUGUUUUUGUAUUUUUCCCCCUCUGACGCGCUUGUAUUAUUGCUUUCAUGCAUUCAAUUAACACACAUAAAUACAGCAUAACAUGUUGAUUAAUAUUAAGCAGAACAACAAACAAUCUACAUCAUUUCAGAUGCUGCGGUGAAGUGAUCUGCAGAUUUGAUUUGUUUGUACAGCACUCUUUACACAUAAAACUUUAUCAAGAGUCAAGGGCGAUCUGAACAGGCAGUAUAACAAAAUACAGCUUACAAAGACAUGAAUCAAACGAGGACAAGGACAAGUAAUUCUGUUUUCUGGCAAAAUGCUGCUAGUUUAUUCCAAACCCUGACGGUCCUUUAUAAUAAUUUAGAAGAACUAUCAGCGCGUCCUUGCUGCAGUUUUAGCUUUCAGAAAUGCUGCUCUCAUGUCCUAAAAUGCUCGGUUUGAUUUUUCAGACGACAAUCAUUUGGGACGCACACACAGGAGAGGCCAAGCAGCAGUUUCCUUUCCACUCAGGUAAAGUACUGCCACUUUCUCUCCACAGUAAUGAAAUAAUUAAAAGGGUUAUUAAUGUUUUCUUCUGAAUUGUGGUUGUAAUGGGCUAAAUGCAAGUCAACCGUUCUGUUAAAUAACAUCCACAGCUCCAGCACUCGAUGUGGACUGGCAGAACAACACCACCUUUGCCUCCUGCAGCACAGACAUGUGCAUCCACGUAUGUCGCCUUGGCAGCGACCGGCCCCUGAAGACCUUCCAGGGCCACACGGUAAGCAGCUUUUCUCUUUGCUGCUCUCCUCUCCUCAUAUCACACAUAACCUGUCGCUUGUAAGGCUAACGUGUGCUGCAUUUUUUACAGAAUGAAGUCAAUGCCAUUAAGUGGGAUCCAUCAGGUAUGCUGCUGGCUUCCUGCUCAGAUGACAUGACCUUAAAGGUAAUACUAACCCUCAGUAGUAGAACUCAUAAACAGCCAACAACUCAACAGAGUGUCGAUGGUAUGAAGUUACAGUGUGCUGUUUCCCUCACACACAGAUCUGGAGUAUGAAGCAGGAGUCCUGUGUCCAUGACCUCCAGGCUCAUAGUAAAGAAAUCUAUACCAUCAAGUGGAGUCCAACAGGCCCAGGAACAAGCAACCCCAACUCCAAUAUCAUGCUCGCCAGGUGGGGCACUUCUCACACGCUGAAUAACUUGACAACUGUUUGUUGUGUGUUUGUAUUUUGGUUAGCGUGUAGAAAGUGGGAAAAUAGUCUAUGGAGAGCAAAAACAAGCAGAACACGGACAUAAAAACUGGCUAUUAUUGGUGGUAAUCUCUUAUUAUUGCAGGUACCUUCACUUGAGAAUAAAACAUUUUAACUUGAGCAACUUAAUCUGCUUAAUGCUGUGCUGCAAAAACCAAUCAGCAUUUAAAUUUCCUGACUCAUUGAUACCCAUCAGAAAUAAUCAGUCUAACCUUUAUUCGAAAAGUAAGCCAUGAUGUUGUUUUUCUGUUAUUUCCUGCCACUUCCAAGCACAUUAUACACUUUUUUUUCUUUUUAGAGUUCAUAUUGUUUAAGUAAGUUUUGGGAAAGUUCCCAUCUUUCCCAAAGGGUAUAUAAAAAUUCUUGUCAGACUGUGGGUUCAGGGACUAACUCACGCUAUGCGAGUAUGGGAAGAGAAAAACUUCCUUCGUCCUUCGAGGCAUAAUCCCAGCAUUAGCAGUUGUCUGCAGCCCUCAGCUUUACUCUCUGACCUAUAUGUUCAUGGAUGUGUAAAUUUCUUGGCUCAAAUACUUAAGGAAUUAACCAACAUACCUGCUUGUAAUUCACAAAGGAGAUAAAUCUGCAGUCAUUGCUUGAAAAUAACUUUAUGGUCUUAGAGUUCCUGCUCAAGUACAGAUAAUAUGGAGAAGUAUGGAAUAAAUUUGAUCAAUUUCCAGGUUUAAAAAGUAUGAAAAAUGAAGUACGGAAAGAUAUUAAUGUGUCCAGACUAUUACCAACGUUUUAAAAUACUGCCUUCAAAAAUAGAAAAGUAGGUGUUUCCAAAAAAUAAUUCCAAAAAAGUAGGGUAUGGAAAAGUACGGAAAUUCCAAAUGUGUAGGAGCCUGUCUUAUAUAAGUGCCACUGUUGAACACUACAUGUGUAUGAUGUGUUUUCAAUUCACUUCAGUUUUUCUUCAUCCUUUAAAUCCAUCCAAGGGUGUUUUCAUUUGUUUCCCAGAGCACUCACAGGAGAUGACUAUUUAUACCUUCUUGAAGAAAUGUGUUAAUUAAAGUCCGCCUCGUUUUCUCCCUUGUGUUUCAAUAGAUAUUUGGCAAAACUAAAUUAGCUGCAUUUGCAGUUUAAAAUCUGCUAUCCAGAUGAACCCUGCAGUCACCAAACAAAUUGAACACUUCUCCUUUUUGUCACUGCCUUCAUUUUUUCUUUUCUAAAACUGUAAUUUAUUUGUUCUGGGUGCAAGACGACACAAUUGCUUCUUUCUGACUUGUGUACCAUCUAUUUCCACACCCACAGCGCCUCGUUUGACUCGACAGUUCGGCUCUGGGAUGUGGAGCGGGGGGUCUGCAUCCACACUCUGACUAAGCACCAAGAACCUGUGUACAGUGUGGCCUUCAGUCCCGACGGCAAGCACCUGGCCAGCGGCUCCUUUGACAAAUGUGUCCACAUUUGGAACACAACGGUGAGGAUCUGAUGAGACCAUUACACCUAACAAUAGAGAAGAUUUAUUGUGAUUCUGGAUCUAAAAGGGGGGGCUGCUUGUUUGUGCUCUUCUUUGCAGACUGGAGCCUUGGUGCACAGCUACAGGGGCACUGGUGGUAUUUUCGAGGUGUGCUGGAACAGCACUGGGGACAAAGUUGGUGCCAGCGCGUCAGACGGCUCGGUGAGCCACUUACGUUUUUAUCAUGAAUUUGUAAUAUUUACUCCUUCGCUUUGGUGCUUGCAUUUAUAUCAUGCCUCCUCAAGAUAUGUCACUUUUGAAAUGUAUCAUUAAUGCCUCUCACGCUCUUUUCAGGUGUGUGUUCUUGACCUGCGAAAAUAGCUGCCUUGAGACUUUGAAGAUGAAUCCUGGAAUGUGCAGCGUAUUGCCUUCUCCUGCCAUCAGCAAACUUAACUGUUACUGCUCAAGAAGAGCUGUAAAGUGGAGUGAAACUAAAGCCUUCACAGGGGGGGAGAAACCAGACUUCUGCAGCAGCUUCUGAGGAGCCAACACCAUCAGACUUCAGUGCACCUUACAGUUUGUUGACGUGUGUUUCAUGAAACACCUCAAACCUGUUUCAGAGAUCCCCAAGACUGGACUGAAUCCAAUUCCCAGGGUGCAUCCAUGUUUCUAAUGAGGGUUUCCUAAGUGCUGUGAUCCCUCCAAGCUCUGGUCCAGCUGUUAUCAGGUUGUAAGGGUGGAGACACAAAGAUGGGUUUUAUACAAAGAGAAAAGUGUAAAUGAGACAAAUGUUUGGCUGUGAAAGGCAGGAAAUUAUAAAAGAGGUUGUGCUUUUCAAAUUCUUCACAGUAAAUGUCACUUCAUGUCCAAACGAACCAACAUUGAGGGCGUGGUGAGGGUGACAUCGACGCUGAAGCACUGAUUGUUGGCCGACAGGGUGCUCGACUUCUUCUCAGUGAAGAAUCGCUUGUUUCAAGAGUACUUGAAACAACAGAUCCACAGAUGGACGUGUGAAAGUCAAAAUUGAAUGUGCCGCCAAAAGGUCACUUUUAGUUUACUUGUAACAUCAGGUCAGUGAGAGAGAAAAACCUGCCAAGAAACAGUCCGAACCUCUGAAAAAUGACCUGCUCGGGAUUUCAAAUCGUCAUUUGAUGGACAGGUUAUGAGGAAGCGUGGUUUACAAAAAGAGAAUUUUCUCCCUUUUUUGGAUGUAAAUUUAAGAAUGUAAAGAUAUGUAAAUUAGAUUAAUACACAGACUUAUAUACUGUGUAUAUGUUUAUAUACAGUACACUUUAUCGCAAUCCUGUAGGGGCUCAUUAAAGGGUAGAGCUGUCAAAUCUUUGCUGAUAACACAUGAGGAGAACUCUUUUUAAACCAAGUGCAUGUCUCAGCAGCUUUUUUUAAUACUUGUUUUCAACCCAGCCUACCACACAUAGCUUUCAGUUGUUUCCUUUUUUGAUCCUUGAAAAUGGAAGAAUUGCGCGCCUCAUAACCAGCGUUUAGCGACUUGUGGGAGGGACAACCAUCACAGUCUAAAGAGCAGAAGCUUUAUCAGCUUUAUCCCUGGAUUAUGGCACUUUCCUCUGAAUACUCUCCUGAAUUUUCAGAGCGAAGCAAAAGUCCGGCUCUCUAAAAGAAAGAAAAGAAAGGAAGCCCGGAUUGGUCUUAAGCCCCAUCGUGUGAUGCCAGCUGAUCAGAUCUGGUCACAUUUUAGAUGCCUGUGUUGUGAGCCGAGCUCUGACAGUGCGCAGAGUCUGCCUCCGUCUGUUCAAGAUUUCAAACUGACUCUUCACAGCUUUGGUUUGCCUUUUUUUCUGGUCUUUUCCCUUUCAGCCAACUCCUGCUUUAACAAUGUGAAGUGCACUUUUUAUAAUGGUGGAUUCAGUAAAUGUUUGGAUUUUGCUGAAAGUGAAGGGCCAAUGUUUUAUUUUGUUUUUGUUUUUUUUGUUUUUUUCUCCUCUUUUUUUAAUGUCACAUUUGGAUGUUCAUGGGUGAUUCGUUGUUUUUCUGACUUCUUUUCAUUCAAGGGCCAUUAUUGUCUGUGUCAGACUGAGAAUUGGGCUGUGAGGUUUGUGGCCGUUGUCGGCAUGCUGAGGAGCCCAGUGUGAAACAAGUGCUGUGACAGCUACUAUCUCUCUCUCUCUUUCUCUCUUACCCUGAUCCAGGGUUUGCUCACCUGUUUCCAAGACAAAACGUUGAAGUCAUUCAGUGUCUCAAAUAAAUCACUCUAUUUUGAUAUCAGAAACCAUG